CCACUUCACCAUGAAGUCCCACGACGAUUGCAACGAACACGGGCCAGACCCGCUGGUUAUUGAGAAUGAUGCCGAUGUCGCCAAACACGCCGCGGGCAUACAGGACGUCAAGAGCAAGGGCGUUCUCGCUAUCGAUAUGGACGAUGUCCUGUGCAACACCAACCAGACGAUCGUUGACAUGCAUGCUGAACUGUUCCCGGGCAAGGCCACUCCUCCGAUUUCGAUCGAAGAGUUCGAGCAUUACCUUUAUUGGCACAAUCGGGGGUGGGGCACGCAGGAGGAGACCGUCGACAUGGUCAGCCAGCUGUACCGCGCCGGACUCAUGGACCGCCCUAGACCACUUCCGGGGGCGCGUGCGGCCCUAUCGAAACUUAAGAACAUGGGCUACUCGCUCAUCGUCAUUACGGCGCGUAGCGAGAUCCAACGGGAAGGCACUGAAGUCUGGCUCGAGGAGCACCUCCCUGAUCUCUUUGACGAGCUCCACUUUACAGGCGCAUUCAACCACUUGAUUCCUGCUACCCACGCUGAGCACGAGGGUCACGCGGCCAAGCGCGCCGUCGUCUCGCAUAAGAAGCGCACGAAGCACGAAGUCAUGAAGCAGACGGGCGCCAUGCUCCUCGUCGAUGACAGCGCCGAGAACGCACUUGCUGCCGCCAAGGCCGACGAACCCCCGCGCGUGCUCCUGUUCGGGAACUACCCGUGGAACGCCGAGAUCGUCCCGCCCGGGGAACACCACCCAGACGACAAGAUGAUCUAUAUCGAUUGUGAGCAAUGCGGCAAGCUCCCUGCACGGCGGCAGCGUCGACAGGCGCGCAUUGAACGUGGAUGGCUUCCUGACAACGUUACGCGAGUUGCCGACUGGAACGCCGUCAUCGCAUGGAUUGAGAGGCACGAGCGGGGAGAGAACAAGUUAUGACAAGAGUUUAGACUGAGGCGCAGUUGCGAGAGAUGUUGAGCCACAGAGUCUGCAUGCUUAUUGAGCUAA